GUCUGAAGUUUGUGGUGUCAACUUCAUUGGUUAAACCGUUUGACGUUUCCGAGACGUGGCGAUUUCGUGGCAUGACGAAUAAGAAACGUACAGUGUUGAGACUUUCUGCUUAGUUCAGUUUAAACAGGUAGUAGGUGUAAUUCUACUGAGACUAACAUAUAGUGAUAUUAUAUUAAUUAUUCUUGUGAUAUAUCAAAGUAUGGACCGGGGAUCAAUUUUAUUAGUUUUUCUUCUAUUUUCGUUUGCUUAUACCGAACCAGAAGAAAAUAUGGGACCACGUGUACUAGUUUUUAAACAAAUAUUGAAUAAGUAUUUAGUUGAAAGUAAGGAUAUUGAAGUUAAAUAUACUUUAUUCAAUGUUGGAACUUCAGCAGCUGUUGAUGUACAACUUAUUGACAAUGGUUUUCCUCCUGAAGCAUUUGAAGUUGUUGGAGGACAUCUAAAGGCAAAAUUUGAAAGAAUUUCACCUCAGUCUAAUGUUACACAUGUUGUUAUUGUUAGACCUCUGCGGUAUGGCUACUUUAAUUUCACAAGUGCUGAGGCUACUUAUAAGUUUGCAGAUGACACAACAGGAAAGCUUCAAGUAUCAUUGAGCAGUGAACCGGGUGAAGGUGGCAUCAUUGCAUUCAGAGACUAUGAUAAAAAAUUUUCAUCACACUACUGGGACUGGCUGGCAUUUGCAUUUAUGACAACACCAUCUUUGAUCAUCCCUCUUGUUUUGUGGUACAGCAGUAAAAGCAAAUACGAAAAAUUGGCUAAACCAACCAAAAAAACGCUUUAAAGGGAAAUAUCUCCUAGUUUUUCAAUAUUUCAUUUUUUAUCAAUCAUUGUAGUCAUUGUAAAAUUUGCUUUGUGAUUUCAUGUUUUAUAUGAAUCAAUUCUAUGUACAAUGAAGCUAUAUUAAAUUAUUUUGUUAAUAUUUUAAUUUUUUACUUUAUAUGUACAAAGUAUCGGUUUCGUGUAUACUAUAUAUGUCUAUUAUAUGGACUAAACUGUAUGUAGUUUUGCUGCAGUUCUAAUUUUUUAGCAACUUUGGUAUGAAUAACAAAAUUUAUGACAGCAUGAAUCAAUUAUGUCGUACAUACAUAAAUAAUUACUCUUAUUUCUAGACAAAAUCAGUUCUUAAGAUUAAUGUGACAUGAUUCUGGUGUAGUAUAUACAGGGUGUUUCUAAAUUCAUGCGACAAAUAUAUAUAUAUAUAUAUAUAUAUAUAUAUAUAUAUAUAUAUAUAUAUAUAUAUAUAUAUAUAUAUAUUAGAUUUCUUCAACCAAUUGAGUAUAAAUUUUUUUUCUCUCUCUAAUUUCUUGGGCUCGUAGGUUGUUUGGAUGAAAUAAUCAAACUUCAAUGAAAUAUCACAUUUUCUUGUCAUGUAUAACUUAACGUUUCGCUCCUUCCUUGAGAGCAUUUUCAAAGUAAUAAUUAAUAUACAGGGUCAUUCAUUAAGAAAGUCCAAUCUCUGAACUGUAGAUUCUAGACCUCAAAAUAUGAUGUUUCUGCUCAACUUGCCUUAUGCAAAUAUUGCUAGUUUCGGAGAUACGGGGUGUUCAAAGUUUAAAUUUUGAUGUUCGAAAUAAUUUUUUGUUUUCACAAUUAAUUUAACUUUUUUUUCUUCCCUACCACUAUUAAUGCCGUUUAAUGUGGACUGAAUUGGUUAACCGUACAGAGUUGAGCAAAAGUACAUAGACAUGAUCUAAUACAAUUAUUGUUAAAAGUAAUAAUAAUACUGUUUAAUAAAAGCCUGUAAAUCCAACCACAAUUUUCAUAAAGUAAACAAAUACUAUUUGAUUUCUUGUCAGUAGUCUACAGUCUUUACAAUCUGCAAAUAAAUUAUUAAGCCACAA